UACAAUUAGAAAGAUAUUACACAGACUGCUACCAGAAGUGUAAACUUGAAGCGGCGCACUAAUAGACCUACUUGACGUGGCUCGCGAAGUGUCGGCAAAAAUAUCAGGAGUUGGCAAAUUUCUUUCAGUUUUCAAUAAAUUGACACGAAGAUGGUGCUGCUUGCGGCAGCUGUUUGUAACAAAGGCGGGAAAGCCAUAAUUUCCCGUCAGUUUGUUGAAAUGAACAGAUCAAGAAUUGAAGGUCUGUUGGCUGCUUUUCCCAAGCUGAUGAACACUGGUAAACAGCACACAUUUGUGGAAACAGAGAGUGUUCGCUAUGUUUACCAGCCUCUAGAAAAACUAUACAUGCUUCUCAUAACCACAAAAGCCAGCAAUAUCCUGGAAGAUCUGGAAACACUGAGACUGUUUGCUAGAGUGAUACCAGAAUAUUGCAGAAACUUGGAGGAAUCAGACAUAGUGGAUCAGGCUUUCCAGUUAAUAUUUGCCUUUGAUGAAAUAGUGGCAUUAGGGUACAGAGAAAAUGUGAACUUGGCACAGAUCAGAACAUUCACUGAAAUGGACUCACAUGAGGAGAAGGUGUUCCUUGCUGUCAGACAGACACAAGAAAAAGAAGCGAAGGACCAGAUGAAAAAACGGGCAAGGGAAUUACAAAGACAGAGACAAGAAGCGGAGAAAAGUGGGCGGGCCCCGUCUGGGUUUGGUGGUGGUGGGUUUGGCAGCUCCUCGUUUAAUAGAGGUGAUACAACAACUGUCAUUGAUACCACUCCUGUAGAACCUACAAAAUCAUCAUACCAAGCACCAAGUCGACCAUCAGGUAAAGGGAAGGCAAUGGACUUGAGAAGCAAAAAGAAAGAUGUUGAUUCAUUUGUAGGACAGCUCAUGUCAGAAGGAGAAAAGGUAACCAGUGUAUCAUCUAGUACAAAUAAAGCUUUAGCAAAAGUUGCAACUCCUGCAAUCAACCAGGAAGGUAUUCAUAUACGGAUAGAGGAAGAUAUCUCAGUAACAGCAGGUAGAGAUGGAGGCUUACAGAGUUUGGAGUUACAUGGCAUUGUGAAACUGAAAAUAAAUGAUGAGAAGAUGGCUAGAGCUUUAAUAACUGUUGUAAAUGAGGACAAAAAAGGAAUUCAAAUGCAGACACAUCCAAACAUAGACAAGAAAUUGUUUGCGUCUCAAUCAGUGCUAGGACUGAAGAAUCAGGAUAAACCAUUCCCUGUUGGACAAGAUAUAGGAGUGCUCAAGUGGAGAUUUAGUACACAAGAUGAAUCAUACAUGCCAUUGUCAAUAAAUUGCUGGCCCAAUGAGAGUGGCAAUGGAUGUGACGUGAACAUAGAAUAUGAACUUGAACAACCAAAUCUUGAACUAAAUGAUGUCCUUAUUUCUAUACCUAUACCAUCUGGAGUCGGUGCCCCGGUUGUAGGGGAUUGUGAUGGAGAGUAUAACUAUGACAGUCGGAAGAAUGUAUUACUGUGGAAUUUAACCGUCAUAGAUUCAUCAAACAAAACAGGCAGCAUGGAGUUCAGUGUAGGAGGGCAUCCAGAUGAUUUCUUCCCAGUCAGUGUUUCAUUCGUUUCAAAGAAAUCAUACUGUGAUAUUCAGAUUACAGACAUAAAACUAUUGGAAGAUGAUUCUCCAGCAAAAUAUUCAUCAGAAGUCUGCUUUUAUGUUGACAAAUAUGAAAUAGUGUAACACGAAACAAACUCUCAAAAACAUUAUUUAUUGAAAAAUAAACAACAAGAAAUUGUUUAACAGUGACGUAUAAGUGGAAUGGGGGGAAAAUAUAUUGAACAUUUCAGGUGUUCAAGUAAAAUUUAUGCAUAGAAGGAACCUCAUUUCUGUUGUCGGGUUUAAAAAGUAUGUGCAAACACUUUCGUGUUUAUAUUUAAGUCUUUACUUCACAGUCAUCCUGUGAAUUGCUAAAAGAUAUGAUAGGUGUUCAAAAUAAAUUUGCGCUGAAUUCAAUUCAGUCAUGUUUUAGACUGGCAAAAAGUGCAAACUGGUCGAAAGCCAGAAUAAUUGUAAAUGAAAAUAAAAAGACGCAGCUUCUUGAUAUUUGGAUGUUUACAAAUUAUGUUUCAAAAUAUUGUAUGUAUAUGAAACAUUGAUGUCUGUUUGUUGGUUAAUUCAGAGUAUAUAUUUAAAAACGUCUAUUCAUUUAUAUGCUAUCAUUGGAGACAUUUUUACAGAACUACAUAUUUGUUGAAUGUAGGCAUCUGCAAUUUGGCAGGUCCUUAUAAAACAUUAUGCGCUGUUCGGACCAUUGGUCAUGUAUGUGAUUUGUUUACAAUAUGUAUUUAUUCUCCAUCAUGUGAGAUUAUUCUUGCUUUUUGCGUAGAAUAAUGCUGAUGUGUUAUCUAGAUCACAUGUUCAUUCAUAUUAUUUUUGUAUACUUACAAGCUCCUGUUUUAAGUUAAGAUGUAGAACCUGAAUUUCCUGAAUGAGAACGGUGGCAAUAGAUUCUCACUAGCAUUUAAGGGUAUCAUGUUAAUGAUUUCCACGGUUUCAUUUUUAAGAAGUUCAUACACAUUCUUCAUUUUCUGGUAAAACAGUUCAUUUACACCCUCAUGUCAUUGACUUUUGUUGUAACUAUAACAUUCAAAACGAGCUGUAGGUUGUAAUUAACAGUGAAUUUUAUGUUCUUUCAUAAAUAUUUCCUACUUUGUAAAAUCUUGGGUAAGAAAAAAGGUUUGUUUACAUGUAAGUAUAUAAAAUGAAUCAUCGUUAUUGUGAGAGGAUGCCAUGAAGUUUAUAAGGAAUUUCGGAUAAAGAGUUGAAAUUAAAAUGUGGAUAAAAUUUCACAUGUCAAAAUGUUUCUGAGUUUUGUCCCUUGCUCUUACAGUACAUACUAUGAAAUCCCUAAUAUGUAUGGGGAACUUUUGAUUUUCGUGGUGAAUUAAAUCCUAACAAACAAGUAAAACUCCUAUUUAUUUUAUGCUGACCGGUUUAACUCCGGACCUUAAAUUUAAAAAAUCCCGCAAAAUAAAUUUAGCCAAAAUCCUGAAAUUUCAUGUCCGCAGAAUCAAAUGAUUUCACAUUGACAAAGCUGUUUUUAUUGGCCUUGUUAAAGUGAACCAUAGUAGCAGCAUUGUUAGCUGAUGUCAUAUGUAGUUCUGCUCCAGUUCCUUAGUAGGGAGGUGGAAAAGUUUUGAAAUUUCCAAUGAUACAUCCUAGUGUCAUAAGUUAUGUAAUAAUUAUUUCUCAACAUACUGCUAUGUGUGUAAUUUAAUGUGUGAGGAUACAAUAAAUAGAAACAGAAUAUAUGUAACUGUAGGAGAAAAGAGUAAAAAUAAUUGCAUCAGCUUUAAUUUACCUUUGAAAUAGUAGAGAAACUCUUCAUAUUGUAUACUUUGGUAUAAUUUAAAACUGUGGUUUCAUUUUGGCUUGUGUACUAUGUCCUAAGAUUGCCAAAGCACUUUUAAGGUGUUAGAAUUUUUUGAGAAGUAUUUGCUGGUAAAACAGAAACUAAGACUUGCUUUAACUUUCCUCUAAAAAUGGAGGUGUGGUUCAUCUUGACACAUGAUGAUUAUAAAUCUGAAUGAGUACAAAAAUCCUGAAGAAGGGGAUUGUGAAUUCAGUAAGAUGAUCAUGGCAUUUACAGUAUUCAAAAAUUGUGUAUUCUUGCAUUCAUCUUCAUUAGAUAACAGUAUACAGUUAAACCUGUGUUAAAGACCACCUCUGAACAGAGAUCACCGGCCUCGUAAUGUUUUGUUUCCCGUUUCAACAUUUUCAGUGUAUUUUAACCUGUGAAUAAAGACCACCUCCCAAUAAAGACCACAUUUUGGCUCUCCAAAGGGUGGUCUUUAUAGACAGGUUUGACUGUAGUUUUUGUCUUGUAAGGUUGCCAUGUGCAGAAAUGAAUCUGUAUUAGGCAAUUCAGUUUGAACUAAGAAAAACAAAAAUGAACAUGUAUAUGACUAUGUGGUUUUCAUUUCUAAAGACAUUAUUCUGUGUUUAGAAUACAUGUUUUGGCAUUGAAAGAGGGUGAUGAAAAAUUGUGCUCUAUUGAUAUACAUGAUUAUAUUGAUAUUUAAAUGAUAUGUACAUAAUAGAAAUAAAAUAUUGUACAGAUCUG